AGGCAACACGCCCAAGUGGCCCAUUGCAUCUCUUUCACUUUCCCUAUAUUAUUCUCUCUAUGACCUAUCUUUUGAUCAUUUCACAAUUUGGAGAAGCUAAUUAAAAGCUCACUUUCAUCUUCUACACUAUUGCUAAUAAUUCAACGAUGGUGAAGGAGACGGAGUAUUAUGAUGUUCUAGGUGUCAGUCCUUCUGCCUCAGAGGAAGAGAUUCGCAAAGCUUAUUAUCUUAAGGCCAGGCAAGUUCAUCCAGAUAAAAAUCCAAAUGAUCCUCAAGCUGCAGAAAGAUUUCAGGCGUUAGGUGAAGCAUAUCAAAUUUUGAGUGAUCCAGUGCAAAGAGAUGCUUAUGAUAGGAAUGGCAAGUGUUCCAUAUCAAGAGAAACUAUGCUUGAUCCUACAGCAGUAUUUGCUCUUUUAUUUGGAAGCGAAUUAUUCGAGGACUACAUUGGACAUUUAUCAGUAGCAUCAAUGGCUUCUUCAGAAUUAGCUACUGAAAUUGAUAAUCCUGACAAAAUACAUGAUAAGCUGAAGGCUGUUCAAAAAGAAAGAGAAGAAAAACUAGCAAGAUUGCUUAAAGAUUUUCUUAAUCAAUAUGUUCAUGGCGACAAGAUUGGAUUCUUAAAGCGUGCUGAAUCUGAAGCUAAACGCCUCUCUGAUGCAGCUUUUGGAGCUGAUAUAUUACAAACUAUUGGCUAUACAUAUUCAAGACAAGCGGCACAAGAGCUUGGAAAGAAAGCAAUUUAUCUUGGAAUGCCAUUUUUGGCUGAAUGGGUACGCAACAAGGGCCAUUUCUGGAAAUCACAGAUCACAGCAGCAAAAGGUGCUUUUCAGCUACUGCAACUUCAAGAAGAUAUCCGCAAGCAAUUUAAAAUGGAUGGAAGUGGCCCUGAAAAUGAUGUUGAAGCGCAUCUUCGAUCGAACAAAGAAAUAUUGAUGAGUUCAUUAUGGAAAUUGAAUGUAGUAGAUAUUGAAGUCACCCUUGUUCAUGUUUGUCAAAUGGUUCUUCGGGAAAACAAUGUUAAGAAAGAUGAACUUAAAGCUCGUGCUUUGGCUUUGAAACUUCUUGGAAAAAUCUUUCAGCAAGGAAAACAAGCACGAAAUGGAGCACCAUCAAAAGGGAAAAGCGCUGCUGAAAUUGAUGGUGAUGAUGACAGUGAUGGAAGCAGUUCUGAUAGUAGUAGUGAAGAGGAUUCACCAAGAGCAAUACAAUAUCGAACUCCUCUAUUUACUCAGGGUAUUGGCAGACUGUUCAGGUGCCUGUGUAAUCCAGCAUUUGAUGUUGAUGAUGAAGAGAUUGUGUAUAAAAGCAAAUAAUGCAUAGUGUGUACAUACUCGAGGUUUGAUGAUGUUCAUACUAUGAGAUGGAGAAAAGCAAAGCUUUAAGCUUAUUGUUCAAUGGAGAAAGUUCAGUUAUUAUGAAACAGAUUUUGGCGCAAGCUACAUUCAUUUUGUGUAUUUUUGCAUUUAAUAAUAAAUCAGACCACUGCUAUAAGUCCAAGUAUCAAA